UAAUAAUUAUGAUCACAAUUUUCUCUAUAUACUUUUGCAUUUCAUUUAAUGUUUGUAAUUAAUUCAUCUAUAUUUUUGGAAUUGGGGCUGAAGAACAUUCCUCAAGGUGAUUGGCUGUGUCCAUAUUGUGUCUGCAAAUAUUGUGCCAGUGGGAUGAACCUUUUAAAGAAAUGUGCUCAAUGUGAAAAACAGUAUGUAUUACUUAAUAUUGUUUAAGUCACACUACUGGUCUAUAACUAUUUCUGCUUCAUAACUUGAAACCAAUUUACAGACCAUAGCAAGUGUGGAGGAGAAAAUUUGGACCUGAUGAAUUCUCCUACCUCAUUGUUCUGUGGAAGCAGUUGCAGAAAGAUAUAUGAAGGGUUACAGGGUAUGCUUGGAGUUAAAAAUAAUCUCCAAGAUGGCCUUUCAUGGACUCUACUCCAACGGACAGAGCAGCCAUUUGGUUCCUACGAGUACAACAACGUACAAAUCAACUCCAAGAUUGCUCUGGCGUGCUUGAUAAUGAACGAAUGUUUCUUGUCAACCAUAGAUCUCCAUACAAGAGCCAAUAUUACACAAUGUAUUGUCUACAAUCGAGGGUAAUAAAUUCGAAACCUUUCUGAAACUCCUUAAAAAAGUUCUCAAACCAUGGCAAUACAGUACUGCUGACUACCAAGUACCAACAUAAUUUCUCUCAU